UGUCAGUGUCAUACUUAUCUUGAAAACAACUUUAUUUUCAAUUUCAAACAAAGUUCAAAUAUUUGGAAGAAUAAUUUGUUUUGAGGUCAAGUUUACGGUAAAAAUGAGUCUUUGGGUGGAUAAACAUCGUCCAAGAGAUUUAAUGAAAUUAGAUUUUCAUAAAGAUCAAGCAGUACGUCUCAAAAGUUUAGUUCAACAGAGUGAUUUUCCCCAUCUUCUUAUUUACGGUCCUUCUGGCGCCGGUAAGAAGACUAGGGUUAUGUGCCUGCUCAGGGAGCUGUAUGGAUCAGGCAUAGAACGAUUGAGGCAGGAAACGAUGCAUUUUACGACUCCAUCUAAUAAGAAAAUAGAGAUUAUGACAGUAAGUAGUAAUUACCACAUUGAAGUAAACCCGACUGAUGUAGGAAUACACGACCGAGUUGUUAUCAUGGACUUAGUUAAAAAUGUUGCCCAAACCCACCAAAUAGAUUCUUCUGGUCAACGCGAGUUUAAAGUCGUGAUUCUGAAUGAAGUAGAUGAUCUAACCAAAGAUGCACAACAUGCCUUACGCCGCACUAUGGAAAAAUAUGUAGCCACAUGCAGACUCGUCCUCAUUGCUAAUUCUAUAUCGCGGGUCAUACCUGCUAUCAGGUCGCGUUGUUUGACCAUUCGAGUACCAGCACCAACAGAGAAUGAAAUAGCAUCUGUGUUACAUUCAGUAUGUAAGAAGGAGGGUCUCAACUUGCCUUCAGAACUAGCUAUUCGUAUAGCUAAAUGUGCUGAUCGUAAUAUGCGUCGUGCUUUGUUAAUGUGUGAAGCAUGUAAAGUUCAACAGUUUCCAUUGAUAGCAGAUCAAAAGGUUCCUGAACCAGAUUGGCAAUUAUUUAUACGAGAUACAGCCUCAAUGAUUUUAUCAGAACAGUCACCUAAAAAACUGGGAGAAGUGAGACAAAAAUUGUAUGAAUUAAUUAUACAUGGGGUGCCACCAGAUAUGAUUUUUGCAGGAUUGCUGAAAGAAUUAGUUCGUAAUUGCGACAUGGCAAUGAAAUGUCAAGUAGCAAGCCAUGCGGCUCGCUUUGAGCACCGAAUGAGGCUAGGUAAUAAACCAAUAUUUCACUUAGAGGCUUUUGUGGCAAAGUUUAUGGCCAUUUAUAAGAAGUUUAUGGAAGAAUCCCUCGGUGAUGCUUUCUAAGUCAGAACAAUGCUGUGCAAAUGUUUGCUGAUUGAUAUUUUUUAAAUUAAAUAUUUCUUAUA